AUGCCGGAAUCAAGAUAUAUCGGCGCAUUCGGCGUCGAAGGGUGGACAACACGGAGCGGGAGCAAUCUUUUGAGACACGGUGAUACUGUCAAGAUUGAGCGCCAAAAGAUCCAAAUUCCCAAAACAACGUCCCACAAAGGACAGCUCAAGCCUGGGACGGCUCAGCCAACUUAUCACGUCAGUGCGGCAGCGGCCAAGAGGGUUGACGUGAUCGUUCGCUUUACCGACAGUACUGGCAGGGAAAUUGGACGUCUGGCCAAGGAUACCGCAAACUGGGUGUCGACAUUAAUGGAUCAGAAAAUCUGCGCUUUCGAGGGGACUUGUGUUUACGCCCCCGAGAGACUACGCACCAAUGACACGGUCUUCUUGCAGCUUCGCUGCUCGCUGCUGAGGUCGGCCUUUGGCCGAGAAUUCCAAGUCGCCGAUAACAGGACAACAGGCCGGUUCGAGGAAUCCGAGACUUCGGAAGAAAAAGAUCUGCGGUUGAGACAGGUGGCACUUGUUAGGCUCUUUCAAGAAAUCAAUCUUCUUCCAACUAGAGGGAACGCAGCAGUGGCACAGAACCAACGGCAGGGGCUACUAGAUGCGGCUGAGAUGGCUGAGAGCAAGGAAAAGGAGAACACGAGAUCCCAAGGCCAAGACAGUGCUGCUGCGUCUUCUCCGGACGACAACGAAGACGGCGAGGAGCUGGAGCAAGACCAACUAGAUGCCCUCUACAAAAAGGCGCAAUCAUUCGACUUCAGCACCCCGGAAGCAGAGCCUGCUGAUACCUUCGGCCUAACACUUCGUCCGUAUCAAAAACAAUCACUGCACUGGAUGAUGGCGAAAGAAAGGAACGUCCAGCGCGACGAACGCGAGACGUCGAUGCACCCCUUGUGGGAGGAGUACGCAUGGCCCACAAAGGACCAUGAUGACGAGGUCCUUCCAGACGUUGCCGAGCAGCCUGCUUUCUACGUCAAUCCGUACUCUGGAGAGCUGUCCCUGCAGUUUCCACGACAAGGGCAACACUGCCUUGGCGGGAUUCUGGCCGACGAGAUGGGCUUGGGCAAGACGAUCCAGAUGCUCAGUCUCAUACACACACACAAGUCCGAUACUGCGAUCGCCGCUCGCCAAUGCAAUCGGACGGUAUCGUCGGUCAAUCAGCUCCCGCGUCUCCCUUCCCUGCAAGCAAGCGAGACCGUUUCGGAUGCCCCAUGCACGACCCUGGUUGUUGCGCCCAUGUCCCUUCUUGCACAGUGGCAGAGCGAGGCAGAGAACGCUUCCAAAGAGGGCACCCUAAGGUCCAUGUUGUACUAUGGGAAUGAAAAGAACGCCGAUCUGCCGUCGCUUUGCUGCGAAGCGAACGCCUCAAACGCCCCCGACAUGAUCAUCACUAGCUACGGUGUGGUACUCUCCGAAUUCACUCAGAUCGCGUCCAAGAAGAGCGGCAGGGCCGGCAGCCGUGGUCUCUUCUCGUUGAACUUUUUCCGUGUCAUAUUGGAUGAAGCUCAUGGCAUCAAGAACCGCCAAUCAAAAACGGCCAGGGCUUGCUAUGAGAUCGCCGCAACGCACCGAUGGGUGUUGACGGGAACACCUAUCGUCAACAAGCUUGAGGACCUCUUCAGUCUCGUUAGAUUCCUCAGGGUCGAGCCGUGGAACAAUUUCUCCUUCUGGCGAACGUUCAUCACGGUACCAUUCGAAUCCAAAAACUACAUGCGGGCGUUAGACGUUGUCCAAACUGUCCUGGAGCCUCUCGUCAUGAGAAGGACGAAGGAUAUGAGAACGCCGGACGGGAAGGCCUUGGUGGCUCUCCCGCCCAAGCAAGUCCAGAUCCUAGACAUUGAACUCUCCAAAGCCGAGCGCGAUGUUUACGACUACAUAUUCACCAAAGCAAAACGUACCUUCUUAGCCAAUGUCGAGGCCGGCACCGUCAUGAAAGCCUUUACCAGCAUUUUUGCACAGAUUCUCCGACUUCGCCAGUCGUGCUGCCACCCUGUCCUUGUCCGCAAUCAGGAGAUUGUAGCCGAGGAAGACGAAGCCGGAGCUGCCGCAGAUGCCGCAGCCGGGCUCGCGGACGAUAUGGACCUCCAUUCUCUCAUAGAGCGUUUCACCGCCACAACGGAUGAUGCGGCGAGCACCAAUGCCUUCGGUGCUCACGUUCUCGGCCAAAUCCGAGACGAGGCCGCUAACGAGUGUCCCAUUUGUGCCGAGGAGCCGAUGGUUGACCAAACCGUGACCGGAUGCUGGCAUUCCGCCUGCAAAAACUGCUUGUUGGACUACAUCAAACACCAGACUGAUCACCAUGAGGUCCCCCGUUGCUUUCAUUGCCGCGAGGUCAUUAAUUCGCGCGACCUGUUCGAAGUGGUCCGGCAUGACGACGACCCAGAUGUUGCCGAAGUCGGCCAGGCGCCGCGCGUCACUCUCCAGCGGCUUGGAGUUGGCAACUCCUCCGCAAAGAUCGUUGCGCUAAUCAACCAACUCCGUGAACUCCGCAAGGAAAACCCAACCAUGAAAUCAGUCGUAUUCAGUCAGUUCACGUCUUUUCUCACCCUCCUCGAACCGGCUCUCUCGCGAGCCAACAUGCAUUUCGUCCGGCUAGAUGGAUCCGUGGCUCAGAAAGCUCGCGCUGCCGUCCUUGAUGAGUUCAAAGAAUCCAAGAAGUUCACCAUUCUCCUCCUCAGCCUCAAAGCCGGCGGUGUUGGCCUCAACCUGACGAGUGCUAAACGGGUGUACAUGAUGGACCCCUGGUGGAGCUUCGCUAUUGAGGCUCAGGCUAUUGAUCGAGUCCAUCGUAUGGGCCAGGACGAGGAAGUAAAGGUCUUUCGAUUCAUUGUACAAGACAGUGUUGAGCAACGUAUGCUCAAAAUACAGGACCGAAAGAAGUUCAUUGCGACAUCACUUGGUAUGAUGUCUGACGAAGAUAAAAAAAUGCAACGGAUCGAGGAUAUUCGAGACCUUCUAAGUUAG